GAGAACGUGCAGUAUUUUCAAAGCGUAGAUCUGGAUCCACUCAAAAUCACUCACAAAUUACCACAACAAAAAUUACACAAACACAAACACAAACGCACUCCGUCUAUCUCUAUUCUCUCUCUUAUGCAGUAACUCUGCUAAGCCAGUCUUUGUUUUAUUUUUAUAAACUUCAAAGGAGAGAGAAAGAGAAAUAUCUAGUUGUGUGUGUGUGUCUGAGAGAGAGAGAGAGAGAGAGAGAGAGUUAUAUGUUUACUAUUAUUAAUUUUUUGCCUCUGUGAGCUCUUCGGCUGGUUGCACUGUCUAUUUUGCUCAGAACCCCAAAAGAAAAAAAAAAAAAAAAAACCCAGCACUAGCAGCAGAAAAGCAGCAGUGUAGCAAUUGAUGGUUCUUCUUCUGCUAUACUACUGCUGCUGAUAACAGACUAGAAAAGAAGGCGGUGGUUUGGCUUUUGUAGUCAAGUUUUUGACCAUAAUAAUAAUAAUAGCUAGUUUUGAGAAAACAGAUAAGAAGAGGGGAUUUAGAGAAAAAGAAGUAGGAGACUGAUAUUUAAGAUCUUUUAUCUUUCAUGGGCAAAGAUCUCAUUCAAGCAUGUAUAUCAUCUUCUUCUUCUCUCCACAUACAGGAAUAAGAGAAAGAGAAAGACACUGUGUCUCCACUCAUCACAAGUUGGUAGGUAAAAGUUCUUGUGUGUGGUUGAGAAAGAAAUUUUACUUGUGUUCGAUAGAGUAGAGCAAACACUUUGCUCUCUUUCUCUUUCUCUCUCCUUCUUUCUCUUCCAAGAAACAAACAACUAGUAACAUAAAGAUUUUGGGAGGGGUUGGUGGGCGUGACUUUUUCAGCACCAACCCAAGAAAAGAUAAAAAGAAGAAAAAAACCCUUCAUAGCCAUGGAUUCUUAUGAAGCUACAAGGAUUGUUUUCUCAAGGAUCCAAAGUUUAGACCCUGAAAAUGCUUCCAAAAUCAUGGGUCUUCUUCUAAUACAAGACCAUGGUGAGAAAGAAAUGAUUAGGCUAGCAUUUGGUCCUGAAGCUUUGGUUCAUUCAGUGAUUCUCAAAGCCAGAAAAGAUUUGGGCUUGCCUUCAAACUCUCCGUCAACACCUUCAACACCAUCAUCUCCUUCUCCUUUCCUUUCCAGCAAUCCAAUCGCUAUUUCAAGACAGAAUUCUUCUUCCUCUUCUUCACGGCUUUCAAACAACGGUGGUGCUAAUAUUAAUCUGCCCCCAUCUCUCACUAUUCCAAACCCAUCUUCGUCUUCAAGUUCAGCUUCUUGGGCUGCUUUAUCCGAGCUUCAAAACCAAACCGACCUGAUCAGCCCCAACAACUUGCCGCUUGGUCCUUCUUCGUCGUCAUCCAUGAACUCUGCCUCUUUACCUUACUAUGGAAAUGGAGUCAAUGAUGUUAUGGAUGAUUUUCAGCUCCAAGACCAGCUCUCGUUUCUCAACGAUGGUUCUCCAACUCUUGGACCGAAAAACCCAGAUUUAUUCUACCCUCAACAGGACUUAUCUUCAAGUCCUACUAAUGGUGGUCUAGACUCCAUGGGUUUUUCUUCUUAUGCUAACUGGGGAGGCUCUCUUCACCGCCGGAGUUGCUCUGUUAGUGAUGUGUGUUUAGGCUCUGAGGAUCCUAAUUCUGGGCUUGGUUGGAAACCUUGCCUUUACUAUGCUAGAGGUUACUGUAAGAAUGGAACUAGCUGUAGGUUCUUACAUGGUGGAGGUCUCGGAGACUCUUCCACAGCUGCCAUGGUUGGUUCAGAUGGUUGUUCAGCUGUUGUUGGUUCGCCGAGUAAGCUUGACAUGAUGGACCAGUGCCAUGAGCUUUUCAGAUCUAAAUCUGCUCAGCAACAGAGAUUAGCUGCAGCUUCACAGCUCAUGGCUGCUUCUGCUAAUUCCUUUCCCUAUUCACCAAAGUGCAUGAAUUUCCUUCUUCAACAGCAACAAAGUGAAACUCAAAGAGCUGCGGCAGCUUUGAUGAUGGGUGCUGACGAUUUGCACAAGUUCGGGAGAUCUCGCCUUGAAAGGAAUGAUUUUUCGAUGAAUGGUGGUGCUGGAAUGGUGAAUCCAGCUUCUAGGCAAAUUUAUUUGACUUUCCCAGCUGAUAGCACUUUCAGAGAAGAAGAUGUUUCAAAUUAUUUCAGCAUUUAUGGACCAGUUCAAGAUGUGAGAAUCCCAUACCAGCAAAAGAGAAUGUUUGGAUUUGUGACUUUUGUCUACCCAGAAACCGUGAAGCUUAUCCUGGCUAAAGGAAACCCUCAUUUCGUUUGUGAUGCUAGAGUUCUCGUUAAGCCUUACAAAGAGAAAGGCAAAGUCCAGGACAAGUACAGGAAACAGCAACAGCAACAAGUUGAAAGAGGAGAUUUUUCACCCUGUGGUACCCCAACUGGUUUGGAUUCUAGAGACCCAUAUGAUCUUCAACUUGGAGCAAGGAUGUUUUACAAUUCUCAGGACGUGUUGUGGAGAAGGAAGUUGGAAGAGCAAGCUGAGUUGCAGCAAGCUCUUGAGCUUCAGAAUAGAAGGUUAAUGGGUCUGCAGCUUCUUGACGUCAAGAAGCACCAUAACCGAUCGAUUUCUACAGGAAGUCCAAUUCAGUCACCAACUCAGAGUCCCAACAUGUUCAAUCAAAACCUUGUCCUUUCUUCAAUCCACAGUAGCUCAGAAGCUCAACAAGUUGCAGAGAACUGUUCUUCUCCGGCGCCUACUUCUAUGACUGGGUCUACCGACCAACUACAGUCGGUGGCGGCUACUGCUAGAGAGUCUACCGCAGCCGGCGAAAAUGGUAACGGCAAGGAAAGCCCGCGUGACGAAGUUGGCGAUUUGCUAGAAAGUUUGGAGCACAAUCUUCCUGAUAGUCCAUUUGCAUCUCCCACUAAAGGAGCAAGUGACUAUAUGUCUGCCUUCUCCAAUGUGGCAAGUGAGGUUAAUGAUUCAGAUGGCUUAGCUACUUCUUCCAACAUUGGUUUAGGUUCUUCACUGCUUCCUAAUGCUUCAACAUUGGACAUGGGGUCCUUCAAAUCUUAUAAUUGUCAAAUGCCAAGGUUUUCCACUGGUGGAGCCAUAGGGAUGUAUGCCGGCACCGGGGGUCCAAAAUGCCCGGUUGGAAUUUAGCUUCCUAAGCAUUUAGGAAGAUGAUCAGCAAGUAUAUCGAAACAAAAAAAAAAAAAAAGAAAAAGAAAAAAGAAAAAAGAAGAAAAAGCCCCUCCAAAUCAAAACAAAAUCUUUGUAGAGAAUCACCACCACCGCUAGCUACUUACCAGCUACUUACCAGCACCAUCCAUCAGCCAUCAUGGUCAUCAAUACCAUACUACUUACUACCAUACAAAAUGCAUACGUGAAAGGCAGUAAAGGAAGUGGGUCAGCCAAUUCCUUUUCUUUGUUUGUUGUACUAUUUUCGAUCAUCAUCUUAAUUCUCUCUUAUUUUCUGUAGUUUGAAGAAGUUGAACCACAGGUUUAAAAAAAAAAAAAAAAGAGGAAAGAAAAGGAAAAGAAAAAAAAAAAGGAACACAGAAAAAGAAGAAUCACACGGUUAAAUAUGUUUUUAGUUGUAACUUCCUGGCACUGUAAUUUUCAAGCUCGUUCCCCAAUUGUUCCCUUAAAUGAAACAAAAUGGCCAAAAUUUAGUUUUUA